AUGAGCGCGGUCCUGACAGGGAGGGGCGUCACUCUCUCGCGCUUAGCCGUCAUCUUUGCCAUCAUCGUCGCCAUCUUCAUAUUUCGAGACUCGUGGCUCCCGCAUGCCGAGGACGCAUACAACCACGCCAAAGGAAGCCUCGCGCAACAUCACAACGAUUUACCUUCGAGCAACAGCGAGGAUGUACCUGCAACGCCCAUCACGCCCGUACAUACAUCUUCCGAACCCGAUACCGCACUCGAACGCCCGGCGCAUACCUUCAACGAGACAUGCCUCCACCUACCGGGAGCCGAGAAGGUCAUGGUCAUGCUCAAGACGGGCGCAACAGAACUCUACCAAAAGCUGCCCACGCACUUCGUCACCACCUUCAGCUGCAUCCCCAAGUUCAUGAUCUUCUCCGACCUGGAGCAGACCUUCGGCGACGUCAAAAUCUACGAUGCCAUCGCACCUGUGAGCAAAAAGAUCCGAGAAGAGCAUGAGGAUUUCAAACUAUAUCGGGACAUCGAGAAGUGGCAGCGGGAGGGUCAAGAUAUGGGCAAGCUGAAGGGUGAUUCCGGGUGGAAUUUGGAUAAGUGGAAAUUCUUGCCCAUGUUCCAUAUGGCGUUUGAGGCGGCGGAUGAUAAGAUUGAGUGGUUCGUCAUGAUUGAAGCGGAUACGAGUCUGUCAUGGCUCAACCUCUUGCUGUGGUUACAGAAGAUGGACCCCAAGAAGCCGUACUACCUGGGAGCGCAGAAUGUGAUUGGCGAGACGACAUUCGCACACGGAGGCAGUGGCAUCGUUAUGUCGCGCAAAGCUGCGGAUGUUCUCGAAGCCGCUCGAUACAACGCAGGCAAAGAGCUGUACGACACGAAAUGGGAAGAAGCGACUGCCGCAUCCUGCUGCGGCGAUGCCAUCGUGGCCGACGCCUUCAUGGCCGUCGACAUCCCUCUCACGCCCGCCUGGCCACUGAUCCAAGGCGAGACCAUCAGCACCGUCGACUUCACCGACAACCACUGGUGUACACCACCCAUCACCUUCCACCACGUCACGCCCAUCGAAGUCGACAAGUACUGGCAGUUCGAGAAGGAGUGGACCGACACCCACGGCUGGUCCGAGCCCUACCUGUACCGCGACGUCUUCCACCACUUCCUCGAGCAGCACGUCUCCGUCAACCGCACACACUGGAACAAUAUGUCCAAAGACUACAAGUUCGCUACGUACUCCAUGGCCAACGACGACGACGACGAUUGGGAGACGUUGAAAGAGUACGAACAAGAAGCGACAAAAAGCGAAGAAGCCUGCGCCAAGGCAUGUCUCCUCAAAGGCGAGGAGGAGUGUAUCCAGUGGAUGUUCACCGAGGGGAGAUGCCAUUUAGGCAAGGACAUCCGCUUCGGGAAGAGCGACGAGCAAGAAGAGGAACAUUGGAAUUGCGGGUGGAUCCAGGAGAGGAUCGCAGACUUCAAGGAGACUUUCGAGGAUUGCAAGAUUCGGUGGGAGGGUUGA